UUAUUAGAAAAGUUUGCUCGUUUUCAUUCACGUCUUUUCAAUAAAACACAAGCACUCUAAUUAUUUCAAAUUUGCUCGUUUAUUGAUCCUUCUUAUAUCAAUAUUUGCUUUGCAUUACCGAACGUAAUUAUUUUCAUCUUUAAAAAAAUAAUAAUUGAUUUGCCCGGCUUACCACCAAAUACCGGCAACUGCACGGCAGCGAGAUAAGACCGCCUAGCAAGAUGCGCUUCCGCUAUCGCUAGAUACACAAGAAGUUGUUGCUUACAAAUUCGGCGUAGUCAUUGUCGUUUGUAAACAAAUUCUUGCAUGUCUUCCACGGAUGCACUAGGCGGUCUUAUUUUGCCAUGCGCUGCCGUACGGUUGCCGGUACUUGGCGAUAGACUGAGCGAAUUAUUUGGCGGUAAGUCAGGUUAUUAUUUUUUAAUGAACAACUUAUUAAUUUUUGCGAAAAUUAUAAAAUAGUAGGACUUUUCUACUCAAUUUAGUCAUCUCAGUCUCUAGCAUACCCUAUGUGAAAAAUUUUUUGACACCCCGUAUACAUGUAUGAUUAUCGCACUCAUGUAAAAAUAGAAACUCCGAGAUUAAGAUACAUAUGUUGAGUACACGUGUGCGUGCAGAAAGGAACAUGAUAAGAGAAAAGUCUAGCCAAGAAUCCAGCACAGCGAGAUAAACAGGUCAGUUACCAGAAUCUUUACCGCGAGAGAGUUAACGUAAUAAUUUUGUGUUUCCAGAAAGACUGCAUUUCUCGUACAUAAUUUUGUAAACCUUAACUCUAGUGAAGUGUUGAUCGAGUCAUAAGUAAACACUAUGGUCAAACAAAUAUACAAACAAGCAAGCAAGUAGCCAGCAUGUUAACAGCUGACUUAAAAUCGUCAGAAUCGUAACAUACUGUACAAUCAUAUCGUUGACAUUCAUUCAUGACGAUAUUGCAUCGAUGCUAAAUUAUAUAAAAUAUUAAUUGCUCAUUGCUUAAAAUGAGAUGUUUUCGAAACUUAUUUCCACAAUCCUGCUCAGUUAUAGGAAUGGUGCACGUGAAAGCGCUUCCUGGGACACCAAAAUAUGAAGGCUGCAGCGAAAAAAUCGUAGAAAAUGCAACAAAAGAAGCAUUACUAUAUGCUGAUUGUUCUUUGGACGGUAUUCUGAUUGAAAAUAUGCACGAUGUCCCUUAUAUUAAGCAGAAGGAUAUAUCGCCGGAAAUUAUUACUAUGAUGACUAGAAUUUGCACAGAAGUUAGAAGAAUCACACCACAAAAUAUUGCAUGUGGUGUUCAGAUCCUUGCCGGAUGCAAUAAGGAAGCAAUUGCAGUUGCUAAAGCUGCAAGAUUGCAGUUUAUUAGAGCUGAAGGAUUUGUCUUUUCUCAAGUGGCUGAUGAAGGCUUUAUUGAUUCAAAUGCUGGAACGUUAUUAAGAUAUAGAAAGCAAAUCGACGCGGAAAACGUCCUUAUUUUUGUUGAUGUCAAAAAGAAACAUAGCUCGCAUAUGAUCACUUCUGACGUGAGUUUGUUGGAAACUGUAAAAGCUGCAGAAUUUUUUUUAGCUGACGGCAUUAUACUAACCGGUAACGCAACUGGCGAAGAAACAAACGUGAAAGAUCUUUUAGAGGUUCGAGAAUGCAUCGCAUCCAAAUUACCGUUAUUAAUAGGCUCAGGCGUGACAUUGAACAACGUGGACAAUUACGUGAAUGCGGCAGACGCGUUGAUCGUGGGAUCACAUUUCAAGAUAGCUGGUCACUGGAAAAACGCGCUUGAUCCGGUGAGAGUUCGGGCCUUUGUUGAAUAUUUAAAAAAUCGACGAUUACAAUGACUGUAAGAAAGUUACAGUCGAACAAUGGUCGGAUAAUAGUUGAAAAUGAAAACCAAAGAAUAUAGUCAAUUAACCAUCAAGGAAUAAGCAACUAUUUGUCCAACUGAUUAAAUUUCCACUUCUGAUUUACUUUGUUACCAUCAAUUCUAAAGACUGUAAAAUAGAUUUUACAGUAUGCGUCUCCUAUGAUUUUCUCAAAGAACUGCAGGAAGAAAUAUAUUGAUUUGACAGAA